GCAUGUGCAAAUAUCUACAUGAUUCAGUGAGGAUUAUCAACAUUGGUAAACGUCAACACGACUGCAUGGACAGACUGAGUAUAGCCUAUACUUCGUAGAGACCGACACUGGACAUAGACCACGCUGUCACCCUAGAGUCACUGUCACACACCCGGACACUGUCACCCCGCGUUCACCGAUCUACCCAGCUUUCUGUACACAGGUGGGAGAGUCCCAGCGACAACACCUGGCUCGCGAAGGAAGCAGGAUGACAUUUGGGAUCGACCAGACGAGCCUGGAGGCUCUACCACAGCACGAACGAAUGAAGGUCUGCAAACAGAUUCGACAGAAGCAGAUCGAGAACUAUGUGUGCUUCCUGUUGGAGCAGGGUCGACCACCUGUAGCAAGCAGACCCAACAAGAAGAACACAACAGUCCACUUCAGUGUUAACCACUUGCUACAGACCGCCAUUGAGAGCUUCAAUGACAGAGAAGUGGGUGACCUUGUGAAGGGCGGGGCUGAUGUUAACUUCACUACUGCCAACAACACAACACUUCUACACAAGUGUUGCAUGGUGGGUAAUGCGAGGGCAGCAGAGGUUCUGAUUGGUGGAGGGGCCAAUGUGAAUGCCAGAGAUGAUGACUGGUGGACACCUUUACACAUUGCAUGUUACCAUGACAACAUAGACCUGGUGAAGCUGUUGCUAGGGAGUGGUGCGGACAUCACUCUGAUGGACAUCGAUGGCAACUUUGUGUUUGAUCAUGUUAUGCGUGACUUUGAGGUGUAUGACAUGAUCACACAACAGCAGGAUGAACUGGGUCUGACACCCAGCCAGCAGGUGGAUCUACGUAGAGAGAGAUGUCAUGCGCUGUAUGCUGCUGUCCAGGAGGGUCUUGAUGCUGGACACAAUGUAAAUGCUGCAUCCAAGAGAGGCAUCACUUGGCUGCAUAUGGCCAGCGCUAAUGGCUACCGGAGUGUUGUCAAGUUGUUAUUAAACAACAAUGCUGAUGUGAAUUCCCAGGAUGAUAUUGGAUGGACACCACUACAUGUUGCAGCAAAAUACUGCCAGGUGAAAGUUGCUCGUCAGCUUCUGAAACACGGGGCGGACUGUGAGCGAGAAGACCAACAGGGAAGGAAGCCUGUAGAGGUGGCCGGCACAGAGGAGGUGCAGCGUGUCAUCCAGGAGGCGCGGCGCAACGUCAUCAGCGGAAACAUCGUCACCCACUCACAGGAUUCAGACAAUGAACUAGAAGCUACUGAAACCAUUGUCAGUAAAACCAUGCAUGCAGCUCAUGUGAAUCUGUCCCACUCCGAUAAGCUGCUGGAGUCACAGAUCCGCUAUGGUCAGCAGGGAGCAGUGCAUGCUGGGAUGCUGGAAGACGAGGAAGAGUCCAGCAAUGAUACAGCUUAUGUCUCGGCUAUCUGGAAAGUUGCAGAUUCUGAGGAGGCCAGUCUUCCAAUGUGGCAUACGACAGACGACCUCACCACAUUCACUGACCUGACAGAGAAGACGAUGUUGGAGACUCUACAAACACGCUAUGCAGAUAGGCUUAUAUAUACAUACAUUGGGGACAUACUGCUGGCUGUAAACCCCUUCAUGGAGCUGCCAUACUAUGCCAAGUCUGUCAGCAGAGAGUACCACGACUGCCACCACCUGGCAUCACUCAGCCCCCACGUGUUCGCUGUCGCGGAGCAAGCACAUCGCCACCUGGUCUCGUGUCAAGUGUCCCAGUGCUGUGUGAUUAGUGGUGAGAGUGGGUCGGGGAAGACGGAAUCAUGCAAAUUCCUGGUUCAGCAUCUCCUCCGUGUUUCCGAGAGUACCGAAACUGGACUGAGCAGCAAGAUAAACCAGGUGAACCCUCUUCUGGAAGCUUUCGGCAAUGCCAGGACAGUGAUGAACGACAACUCCAGCCGAUUCGCAAAGUGUCUUGAGGUCAGCUACUCGAUGGAUGGAGGUGUCAUUGGAGCUAAGAUGACCCAGUAUCUGCUGGAGAAGUCCCGAGUGGUUCACCAGGGUCGAGGAGAGAGAAACUUCCACAUCUUUUACUGGAUGUUGUCCGGCAUCACUCCAGAGGAGGCCAGCUGCUGCCUGUUUGACAAAGAGUUUGACUUCAGGUAUCUUCAGAGUGAUGGCCGUGACGUCCAGCACAAGCUGGUGUCUGAGGACCGCCAAAAGUACUGGGAUGUCAAGAACUGUCUCAAAUACGUGGGAUUUGCUAGUGAGGAUGUGAUGGGGCUGACCACUACUUUAGCAGCCAUCUUACAUCUGGGAAAUGUACGCUUUGUGUCAAUAUUGGAGCAUCAGGCCUGCGACGUCGACAACUACAACACGCUGCAGAAAGUAUGCAAGCUGUUGAGGGUGGAGUUUGAAGACCUGAGACUGUCCCUGGUGGAGGAGUCCAUGACAGCGAGAGGUGAGGAGUUGAGGCGCCCCCUAUCUGUGAGCGAGGCAGAGGACAGUCGAGAUGCUCUGGCCAAGGCCCUGUAUUCUCGCUUGUUUAGCUGGCUUGUGAAUGGAAUAAACAACACCAUUCAGCCCAUAGAUCCCAGUGAGGCCAGUCUUAGUGUUGCUGUCCUCGAUAUAUUUGGAUUUGAGAACUUGAAGAGCAAUGGCUUUGAGCAGAUCUGCAUCAACCUGGCCAAUGAGCAGCUACAGAUGUUAUUCAAUGAGCGGGUGUUCCAGCAAGAGAGACAAGACUGCCUGCUUGAGGGUGUUCCUGUCAUUGAUGUCAGUUGCCCUGGUAACCACUGUGCUAUCAGCCUCUUCCUGGAGAAGAACACAGGUAUCCUUGCGCUGCUUGAUGAAGAGAGUUCACUGAAACAAGCCACAGAUAGAAGCCUGGCCACCAAGCUACACCAGGGACCAGGUGAGAAGUACACUGGCGUGUACAAGACUCCCCGUGACAAGGGCACCACCUUCACCAUCAUCCACUACGCUGGCAGCAUCAGCUACGACCUGACAGGCAUGCUGGACAAAAACAGAGACACCUUGCGGGGGGCCCUUGGCUUCGUCAUGAGAUCCAGCACAAGUCUGCUGAUUAAGGACCUGUUCCAGGCUGGGAUCACUAAGACAGGUUCUAUUAAGCCCAGCUCCCGUCAGCUCUCUCUUCAGAGGGAGCUCAGCUUCAAGAGGCAGCUCAAGACAUCAAAGUCCCCUUUUGAGUUCUUCAAGAAGAUAAAAAGUCCAAAGAUGGAAAGACCUGAGCAGAGACGUGAGAGGCUGACUGCCACUGGCACAACGAGGAAGGGCCCAGCCACCAUGGCCUAUCAGUUCAAGAACUCCCUGACGGAAAUGAUGGCAAAGCUCGAGUCCUGUGAGCCCCACUUCAUACGGUGUAUCAAACCAAACGAGACCAAAUCAGCGCUCGGCUUCACCACAGAUUAUGUCAAAGCCCAGCUGCUAUACACCGGUGUGUUGGAGACAGUCAGGAUUCGUAAACAUGGCUACGCUCUCCGUAUCUCCUUCACCAGCUUCCUGACCAGGUACAACUGCAUGGACAUUUUAGUCACUGCUCUACGGAAGGGCAUGGUGACACCAGAACAGGCAUGUCGGGACGUGAUGCAUCACUGCAACAUCACAGACUAUCAGAUCGGGAAGUCUAAAGUUUUUCUGCGGCAAGGUCAAGUGGAUACAAUGGAUGAGAAGGUCAGAGAGAUCAAAGGCAAGGUCAUCAGAUGCCAAGCUGCUAUGCGAGGGUUCACGGCCCGGAGACAGAGAAGACAAUCCUUGAAGCAGGUGAAAGUGGAAACUGACCAGAUAACCGACUUCAUGGCAGAGGUCGUGCGACACCAGUCCAGACUUUCUGAUUGGCUGAGAGAUGAGAUGGACCAUGAUACUCACCGACAGGGCACAACAACACGAUUACAGCGAGAGGCCAGCAAGUCCCUUGAAGCAUUGGAUGAGAUGCUGGAUAUAUAUGAAUGUGAAGUUCGGACUGGCACAGAGGUGCUGCACCUUCCUGAAAGGAAGUUGGCGAUGCCUAUAUACGCCCGUUUGCACCACCCUGUGACAGAGAGCUCCACUGACGAUGAUGUGUAUAUGGACUGCACAUCUGGGGUCAAAGUGGACUUUCUCGACCAGACGAGCAUCAACAGCGAGAGUUUCUCUCGGACUGAGGACUCUGGUGUGGAAGAAGGUGACGAGGAGUGUUACCGUGAUGGUGCCUCAACCUCAGAAACAACUCUAACUGCUUGUCCCCCGCUGGAGGACAUGGACUCGGCGCGGCAGUUCCCACCCUCCCCAAGGGACAUGUACCAUGGCUUCUAUGAAACCAUCCCAGCCAAUGGACACAAGGUGGACAAACGUCAUCCCCCAAUGUUCCAGAACGUGCACCGGAAACUAGACUGUCCACCUUCUCCCCUCGGUCUUCCUCUGCUUCGUCCGGCAUCUACAACGAACCUGACGACACCAGCAGUCAGUGGCAGACGUCUGCUCCAACGUCACCACGGGUGAAAACGAAAAUUAUUCAUGGA